AUGGAUGGGUUUAGUGGCUACAAUCAGAUCAAGAUGUCUCCCAAGGAUGCUGAGAAGACAGCCUUUCGAACACCGUAUGGGAAUUUUUAUUAUACGGUCAUGCCAUUCGGCCUCAAAAAUGCUGGCGCCACCUACCAAAGAGCCAUGACAGCGGUGUUUCACGACAUGAUGGGAAAAGAAGUCGAAGAUUAUGUGGAUGACCUUGUGGUGAAGUCCAAAACCAGAGAAGGCCAUCAAGAAGUUUUAAGAAGAGUGCUGGAAAGGUGUCGGCUGUACGGUUUGAAGAUGAAUCCAAAGAAGUGUGCGUUCGGGGUUUCAUCCGGUAAAUUCUUGGGGUUUCAAGUACACCAGCGUGGCAUAGACGUGGAUCCUGAAAAGACUAAAGCCAUAAAUUCUCUUGCACCGCCUAAAAACCCAAAAGAAUUGAAAAGCUUUAUGGGAAGAUUAUCGUAUAUUCGGCGCUUUAUCCCAGGUCUUGCUGCCACCAUGAGUGCUUUUACUCCAUUGCUCAAGAAAGGCAAGCCGUAUGAAUGGAGUGAGAAGUGCCAAGAAGCUUACAAGAAGGUGCAACAAAUAAUCACCAAGCUGCCCACUAUGAAAGCACCUAUUCCGGGGCUUCCUCUCAAGCUUUAUUUGGCUGCAACAAACACAGCGGUUGGGGCCUUACUUGCUCAAGAUGAUCACAGUGGGGAAGAAAGUCCUAUUUAUUACGUAAGUAGGCAACUAAGGGGAUCUGAAGUAAGAUAUCCGAAAACUGAACUUUUGUGCCUUGCUCUUGUCUAUGCUGCACAGCGCUUGCGGCAUUACUUCCUUGCUCACAAGCUACAUCUCAUGGUGAAGUCCGAUCCCGUAAGAUAUUUGCUUACAAGGCCGGUAUUAUCCGGACGCCUUGCACGUUGGUUGCUACAACUGUCCGAGUUUGAUAUCACCUGCACCACCCCAAAAGCCAUCAAAGGGCAGGCCGUGAUUGACAUGUUGGCUCUAUUUCCCGAAGUUGAAGAAUCAACAAUCUCUAAGGAAGUUCUGGGGGAGCUGCCGGAAAUGGUUGCUGUUGUCACAGAGGCAGAACCAUGGACCCUCUACUUCGAUGGGUCUUCUACAUCGAAGGUGGAGGGGCAGGUGUGGUGCUUGUCAAUCCCGAGGGGCAAGCCACGGCCCUCUCGUUUAAGCUAA